CUCCCCGCCGAGAGCGCGCGCCUCCCGCCCUCGCGCCGGGUCCCGCUCAGUCUGUCAGCCGCACACUCCCUAGAGCUCCUGCCAGGGCCGUCGCCUCGGCCGCGGCUCUCCAGCCCGGCGGCUCAGCCUUGGCCUCUCGGCGCCCUGUCUCAGAUCUCCUCCCCGCUUCACCACUACCCUUCCUUUCCCGCCCUUCUGACCCACCCACCCCACUGAGAGAGAGCCUGGAUACGAAGCAGGCGGGCUUGAGAAGGGGGUUGGAAAAAUGGAGGUGCCGCGCCUGGAUCAUGCCCUCAACAGCCCCACCAGCCCCUGUGAGGAGGUGAUCAAAAACCUUAGCCUGGAGGCCAUUCAGCUGUGCGACCGGGACGGUAACAAAUCACAAGACAGUGGCAUAGCAGAGAUGGAAGAGCUUCCUGUACCACAUAACAUCAAAAUAAGCAAUAUCACAUGUGACUCAUUCAAGAUUUCAUGGGAAAUGGAUUCAAAAUCCAAAGACCGAAUUACACACUAUUUCAUUGACCUCAACAAGAAAGAGAACAAGAACUCUAAUAAAUUUAAACACAAGGAUGUUCCAACAAAAUUGGUGGCAAAAGCUGUUCCCUUGCCAAUGACUGUCCGUGGACACUGGUUUCUGAGCCCAAGAACUGAAUAUACGGUAGCAGUGCAGACUGCCUCAAAACAAGUUGAUGGUGAUUAUGUUGUAUCUGAAUGGAGUGAAAUUAUAGAAUUCUGCACAGCAGACUAUUCAAAAGUUCAUCUAACACAACUGUUGGAGAAGGCUGAAGUGAUUGCAGGACGUAUGCUUAAAUUUUCUGUUUUUUAUCGUAACCAGCACAAAGAAUAUUUUGACUAUGUUCGAGAACACCAUGGGAAUGCUAUGCAGCCCUCUGUCAAGGAUAACAGUGGUAGCCAUGGCUCUCCUAUCAGUGGAAAAUUAGAAGGCAUCUUCUUCAGCUGCAGCACUGAAUUCAAUACUGGGAAGCCACCCCAGGAUUCACCUUAUGGAAGAUACAGGUUUGAGAUUGCAGCGGAAAAACUUUUUAACCCCAACACUAACCUAUACUUUGGGGACUUCUACUGUAUGUACACUGCUUAUCAUUAUGUGAUUCUUGUUAUUGCCCCUGUGGGAUCACCAGGAGAUGAAUUUUGUAAGCUGCGCCUUCCGCAACUCAAUUCCAAGGAUAAUAAAUUUUUGACCUGUACAGAAGAAGAUGGGGUGCUGGUUUACCACCACGCCCAGGAUGUCAUUUUAGAAGUCAUUUUUACUGACCCUGUGGAUCUUUCUCUGGGCACCGUGGCAGAGAUCACUGGUCAUCAGCUCAUGAGUUUGUCUACCGCAAAUGCAAAGAAAGAUCCCAGCUGCAAAACCUGUAAUAUCAGUGUUGGACGUUAAUGCCCACUUUUCUUAUUCUUACUCAGCCCCUUUUCUUCCCUUAGGACCAUUCUCUGUUAUCCAUUUAUCAUCAGAUGUUUUCCACUGAAGCAUGCACAUGCCGCUAUCACCAAAAGUAAACUACCACUUUUCAAAUUUCAUUCAGAGCUGUUUUAGUGUUUCCUAUUCCCCACCUUUCCCACUACUUUCAAUGAUGUUUUCCUUCUGACACUUUGCCUAGAUGCUGCAAUGUUUUUAUUUUUACUUUAUGCCAAACAUAACAAAACAAUUAUAGACCGCUUUAGCAAAAUACAAAAUAAUGGCUUAUAAAUGGUGUUUAAAUGUGCAUUCAUUUUAAUCUACUGAACAAAUAUUGGGAUAACUCCAAACCGCAUGAAAGGGUGUAAUUGCAGCAUGAGUUAAAUCUUGAAGCCUAGAAUUGUCAGCACUUCCAACUUGUUGUUUGACAGUGUUAUUUAUGUUAUUUAUAUUAGCUAACAGGAAACAACUACUGUGUUUCAACAUAAUAAAUAUAAUAGAAAAAUAUUUUAUUUGUAUUGUUGUAUAAAAUAUUUACAAUCAUAUAGAAUAUAUAGUUACAUUUUAAUAGCAAUUGUAUACAUGUCACGAAACCAUUUCCCUUAUCAAAGAUGUAAUUUGUAAACCUCAAAUAGUUGUGUAUUUGUCCUGUUCCAAGUAGAUGACUUCAAUUAAACAAAUUUAUGAAGGACAUUAUUCUCAUUCAUAAAAGUUAUGAAAUAUACAGAGAAAAUGAGCCUCUGAAAUAGUCUGCUUCUGAAAUCAUCAAUAUUCUCAUCCAAACUAUAUGAAAAUGUGAAUUUCUUCAUGCUUAAACAUUACAUAAAAAUGAUUGGUACAUGAGAAAAAUGUCAACCUUUUACUUGUUUUUAUAAAAAAGCAAUUUAGUACAAAAUAACAAAACAAUAUACACUGAUGUUGAUGAAGCAAAUAAAAUAUUCUGGCUUCUUUGCCAAGGUGUUAUAACAAUUUCCAAACCUUCCGUUUUUAUAUAGAAUGAAUCACUACAGUGCAUGAGAAAAUUUUUUCACAUUACAAAGUAUAUACCUUGGAACAUUAAGAAAAAUGCAUAUUCCCAAUGGAAAAAUAGUUAUAUAACUUUUAGUUAUUGUAAACAAAAGAUUAGCAAUAAUACUAUGAUCACAUUAGAUUAUUAUACUGCAGACACAUCUAUCCAAAAUACCUAUUUUAAAAUUUUAAUAAUAUAAACAUCUGUCAGUUAUAGACAAAAGAUAAUUCACAAAGUACAUGCUAUCAGAAUGAACUUUGGUAACCAGAAAUGUAAAAUUCAAAUAACAUAAAAUGAUGUGUUAUUUUUAUAUAGAAAUAAAAAAAUUAGCAGUGACACACUCUAGUAUAUUCUAGGAUAUUGAAAGCUUAACAUACUAAGGGACAAGGUAGUCAAUGUUGUAUCACUUAAAAGCUGAUUAGAAAUUUCAAAUAAAUUAUUUUUUGUACUAGCUGUCUUUCACAAAAAGCAGAAUUUGUUUUCCUCAUGGGAAAAACAAAACAAACAUGCUUUUUUCCAUACAUCAAUAUAAACAAUCUUUGGACACUAAUAAAUUUUCCCUAUCAA